GAAUAUGAAAUUGUGAUACCAGAAAUCUUCAGUUUAGAAGGUGAAGAAUUUUCCAACGAAAUUUACAACAAACGUCAUAAAAGAAGCUUAAAGCAACAUCAUCUAUUAAAAGUCAACAUCAGUAGUCUUCAAGAACAGUUUGAAAUUGACUUAUGGGAAAACAAGGAAUUAUUAGCACCAGGGUUCAAAGUUUACCAUCGGAAAGACAAGGGAAAUAACUCUGUGAAUUAUGAAGAAACAACGACAGUAUUGGAAGAAGACGAGACAGCAUGUCAUUAUACUGGAAAUGUUACAUCACAUGAAAAUAACACUGUAGCAUUGUCUAUGUGCGAUGGCAAAGGAAUGAAAGGUGUAAUAAGAACAGCAGAAGAAGACUAUAUAAUAGAACCUGUAGAACAUCAUAUUAUCAUGGGUUUUGAUAUGAAUAAAAAACUCAAGAAACUUGGUUUACCUCAUAAAUUAUAUAAAAGAUCAACAUUACAAUCCUCACAGUCUCAUUAUGAACAUCAUAAACAUCAAUACUCUGGUAAGUGUAGGAAAAUUUCAUCAUUUUCAUUAGGAGAGAAUCCUUACACAGAUCCAGUACAUAGAGAGAAAAGAUCAUCAUUUAAAUGGAUCCAGAAAGAAAAUAAAGAACCUAAAACUGUGGAGACAUUGGUAGUGGUUGAUAAAACAAUGUUCCAUAAACAUGGUGAUUCCAACAUAACAACUUAUACUCUUACUUUAUUUAAUAUGGUAUCUAAAUUAUUCCAGGACAGUAGUCUUGGUAACAGUAUUAAUAUUGUACUGGUUGGGUUGAUAUUAUUAGAAGGUGAUGAGCCUGGUCUAUCUAUAACUAAUCAUGCUGAUAAAACAUUAAAUAGUUUUUGUUCCUGGCAGUCUGUAUUAAUUGGCGCCAAUGGUCGACAACAUGAUCAUGCUAUAUUAUUAACUGGACUGGAUCUAUGUUCUUACAAAAAUGCCCCUUGUGAUACUCUGGGAUUUGCUCCUAUAGAAGGAAUGUGUAAUAGAAUUAGAAGUUGUACUAUUAAUGAAGAUACUGGUUUAGCUACUGCUUUAACUAUAGCGCAUGAAAUAGGCCACAAUUUUGGUAUGUUUCAUGAUGGGGAAAGUAAUUAUUGUAAACAUUCAGCAGGAUCUAUCAUGUCUCCUACAUUGAUGGGCAAGGACGGCAAAUUCAGUUGGUCUGUGUGUAGUAAAGCUUAUUUACUGAGAUUCUUAAAUACACCUCAAGCAGAUUGUUUACAAGAUAAACCUAAACAUGUAGCAGAAUUAAAGUUUCCUGAGAAAUUACCUGGUGAACUAUAUAAUGCUGAUACUCAGUGUAAAUGGCAGUUUGGUACUAGAGCUAGAUUAUGUACCUAUGAUUUCGGAAAGGAUAUCUGUAAAGCUCUAUGGUGUUUCCGUGGUAACAAGAGAUGUGAAACUAAGUUUUUACCAGCUGCUGAAGGAACAUCAUGCGGGUCGGGUAUGUGGUGUCGUCAAGGUAGCUGUGUGAAAUAUGGUAAAGAAGGACCUAUACCAGUCAAUGGAGGAUGGUCAAAAUUUAAAAAUUGGACUGAAUGUACAAGGUCAUGUGAUCAAGGUGUUAUGACGAGAGAAAGACAAUGUAACAGUCCUUUACCUCAAUAUGGUGGAGAAACAUGUGAAGGAAAAGAUAAAGAAGUCAAACUUUGUAAUGUUCAUAAAUGUAGUAAGAAAGAAGAUUUCCAUGCUAAACAAUGUACUAUUUAUAACAAGAAACCAUUCAGAGGUUGGCAGUUACAAUGGAAACCACAUCGUAAAGUUGUCAAUAAUGGUGAUCCCUGUAAAUUAUAUUGUAUGGCUGAAACAUUUAACUAUGUAUUUACUAUAAAACAUCCGGCAGUUGAUGGUACACCUUGUGGUUCUGUUGAUAAUAAAAUCUGUAUUAGUGGUGCUUGUAAGAUGGUUGGUUGUGAUAAUGAAAUAGGAUCAACAGCAACUCAUGAUAUGUGUGGUGUUUGUAAGGGAGAUAACUCUACAUGUAAAUUAGUUACUGGCAAAUAUACACAACAACCUACAUUAAAUCGAUAUUUUCCAAUUGUUGUUAUACCAAAAGGAGCUCGGCAUAUUUUAGUCAGUGAAAUGAAAAUCUCAUCAAAUUAUUUAUCUAUAAGAAAUAUUUAUGGUGCGUAUUAUUUAAAUGGUGACAGACGUGUUGCCUGGCCUGGUAGAUACAAACUAGGGGGCGCUGUGUUUGAAUAUGAACGUCCAUACAGUAAACCAGAAACAUUAAAAUCUGAUGGUCCACUUGGUGAAGAUCUUAUUGUUGAGAUGUUGGUACAAGAUCAUAACCCAGGUGUGACCUAUCAGUAUACAGUACCACAGAAAACAGUUAGAUCACGUCAAACAUCACCACCACCAGUUUAUAAAUGGAGUGUAUCUUCUACUACAUGUAGUGAGCCUUGUGCUGGUGGUAAAAAGACAGUGACAGCAGUAUGUUAUAGAAACACUAGAGAAAAAGUUGAUCCUUCAUAUUGUAGAAAUGAGAAAAAACCUGAUGAUGGAGUUCAACCAUGUAAUGUUAAACCUUGUAAACCUAGAUGGAUACCAUCAGAAUGGCAGACGUGUACAAGGUCAUGUGGAGGAGGCAAGCAAGUACGAAAAAUAACUUGUCGACAGAAAAUAAGUUUAAAUAAAGAUAGAAAAUUACGCCGAAAAUAUUGCCGACAUUUACCAAAACCGUCCAAGAAAAGAGUUUGUAAUAAUCAUCAAUGUCCAUCAACAUGGCAUGUUGGGAAAUGGUCUAAGUGCUCAGUAAACUGUGGUAUUGGUAAACAACAAAGAAAAGUUUUAUGUAGAAAUAAACAACAUAGAGGUUUUAGAAUAUUACCAGAGAAUAUGUGUAAAGUGAAUGAGAAACCUCCUAAAACAAGACCCUGUAAAAAACGACAGUGUGUCAGAAGAUACGAAUGGAUCAUAUCACCAUGGGGACCAUGCUCAAAAACCUGUGGUCAAGGUCGUAGAACACGCUUUAUCAAGUGCAAUGCUGUCAACUCAAAUGGAAAGCGUAAAUAUGUUCAAGAUAGACAUUGUGGAAGAAUUCCGAAACCUAACUUCAGAUUAGAAGAGGCCUGUUGGCUUGUAACCUGUCCCCAAGCCUUAUUAGCUAUGCAGAGACAUACCUGGCAUGUUUCUGAUUGGACUCAGUGUUCAGCCAGUUGUGGAAGAGGUAUACAAAGAAGAAAUAUUAAAUGUGUUGAUAAUAUAGCUCAUUCCAGAUCUAAUCUCUGUGUACAACGCCUCAAACCAACUACCUCAAAACAGUGUGACAGUGGACCAUGUCCUAUACAGGAUCAACCAUCAUGUACUGAUAAGGAAGUAUGGUGUCACCUUGUCUUACACCAUAGAGCUUGUGGUCAACAGUAUUACAGAAGUCGAUGUUGUAAGACUUGUGAGAGGUCCUGA